AUGGUAGAUACAGGUAGUACUAGAUCUUUUAUCAGCCCUCGUAAAGCAUAUCAACACUUCUACCAAUAUAUAACACACGAACCAUUCGAAGUAGUCAGUACCCACGCCUCUAGCAGACACGAUGAGGUGAUAGAAAUCCCCCUACCACCCACUUUUAAGAGUUCAGAUUUUCAUAAAUUCUAUCUAUAUGACGUCGACUCUCGAUAUGAUGGUCUCAUUGGUAAUGACCUAUUGAAACAACUAGAUACAAUUAUAGACCUUAAAGACCUUGUACUUAAAACUAAAACAACUUGCAUACCAAUAGUUAAUAAUAACUUGAAUUAUGUUAUAACACUACCACCACGAUCAGAGCGGCGCGUAAAAUUGCCAACAGACCAAUGUUCUGGAGAGGCAAUCAUUAAUUAUAAGGAAUUUGUCAGCGGUGUACGAAUGCCUAGUGCAUUGGUAAAUUGCGUUAACGGUUAUGCCGCAACCGUCAUACAGAACGUUCUUGACAAAGAAAUGAUAUUGACAGUAACACGACCUUUUACAGUUACUAAGUAUGAUAUGACUACUCAAUGUGACAUAAACGUAACAAGUACCUAUAGUGACUUAGAGAUCGAUAAGGUACUCGAGGAUAAUCUACUUAAACUAAGACUUAAUCAUACUAACGAUGAGGAACGCGACAAAAUUUUUAGACUUUGCCAAGAAUUUAAAGACAUAUUUUACUGCGACAAAUUACCACUAACUUUCGCUAACGAAAUUAAACAUAAGAUACGCACAAAAAAUGAAGACCCAAUUUAUGUUAGACCCUACCGUCAAGCACCAAUGCAAGUGGACGAGAUAAAUAGGCAAGUAGACAAGUUAUUAAAGGACAAUGUUAUUCAGGAGUCACAUUCGCCAUGGAAUGCUCCUGUACACCUUGUACCCAAAAAAAUGGAUGCAUCUGGUGAAAUUAAAUUUCGUAUGGUUAUAGACUACCGACGUUUGAAUGACAUAACCAUAGACGACAAAUACCCACUACCAAACAUAACAGAUUUAUUUGACAAGUUAGGGAAGAGUUCUUAUUUCAGUACAAUCGACUUAGCAAGUGGUUAUCACCAAAUCGAAAUAGAAGAACAAGACAGGCAAAAAACAGCCUUUAGCACUCAAAACGGCCAUUAUGAAUUUCUUAGGAUGCCAUUUGGCCUGAAGACAGCUCCUGCAACUUUUCAGCGGACCAUGGAUAGUGUGCUCAGGGGAUUACAGGGGAUACACUGCAUGGUAUACUUAGAUGAUAUAAUUGUGUUUUCGACCAGUCUGGAAGAACAUAUACAAAAGUUACGGACGAUAUUUGACAGAAUUAGGGCGACCAAUCUAAAAGUUCAAUUAGACAAGUCUGAAUUUUUAAGGAAAGAGGUUUUAUAUUUAGGACAUACCAUUACAAAAGAAGGGCUACGUCCGAACACAGACAAAAUUAAUGCUGUGUUAAAUUUUCCUAUACCUAAGACAACAACGGAAAUUAAAAGUUUCUUAGGACUGGUAGGGUACUAUCGACGAUUCAUAAAGGACUUUGCUAAGAUCACACAACCUCUAACUGCAUGCCUUAAAAAGCGAAAUAAAAUUACCAUCGAUGAAAAAUAUAUUAAUGCGUUUGAAAAAUGUAAAGAAAUAUUAACGAGUGUACCCUUAUUACAGUACCCGGACUUCGAUAAAACCUUUAUUUUGACGACUGACGCCUCUAAUAUAGCUUUAGGAGCAGUUCUAUCACAGGGACCUAUUGGUAGUGAUAGACCUGUUGCAUACGCUAGUAGGACGCUUAGUGACACUGAAAGUAGAUACAGCACCAUCGAACGAGAACUUUUAGCUGUUAUUUGGGCCGUAAAACAUUUCCGACCGUACCUUUACGGACGAAAAUUUGUAAUUUAUACUGACCACCGACCCUUAGUUUGGCUUUAUUCAUUAAAGGAACCAAACAGUAAGCUUACCAGAUGGCGAUUACGACUACAGGAGUACGAUUUUGAAAUCAUUUAUAAAAAUGGAAAACAAAAUACAAAUGCCGAUGCCCUAUCCAGAAUUAAAGUUAAUGCCUUAAAUUCAGACGACGAAGGUCAUUCGAUGGACGUUAAUUUCGACAGCAAAGAGUAUAAACUUAGAGAGCAUCUGAAAGACGUAGUUAAGGAAAUUGAAAAACUAAACACUCAAAAUAAAAGACAUAAUGACACAACGUCCAUUGUGACAAUAUCAGACUCAAGUACUGUUUCCGCGAGUCCUAUGUCUCUUUCCGACACAAUAUCAAUUUGUAGUUCAGAAAAGGUUUCCGAAUAUCCAAUUCGAUCACCUUCAGAAUCUAGUAAGUCCCAAACUGUGCAUUCAGCCGUAGAAUUAGAGUCAAAUGGAAUACCAAUACUACACGAGGCUAUCGAUACAAAGCCAAAUCAAAUAUUAAUAUUUUCAUGGUUCAAAAAUGAAUAUCAGGUUAAAGAUAUUUCUAGGGAAAAACAAAAAGUUUUAGAAGUAUUUUUACCAUUAGAUAAUUCCGAAUUAAUUAAAGAAUUUUUAAAGAAAUAUAUUAGGCCUAAAAUUAAAUAUUUUAUAUAUUUCGAACGAAAAGAACAUCGAAGACAAUUUAGCAAUAUUAUUAUACACCUUUUCAAAAAGGACAUGGUUCAAUUUUAUGAAUGCACGGAACGAGUAAUUUUUGUUGAAGACGAAAAAGAACAAAGGGCGAUUGUAAUUAAGUAUCACGAAGGAAAGACAUGUCACCGGGGUAUUAAAGAGACGCUAGUUAGAAUCCGCAGAAAUUACUAUUGGGAUAAUUUACAAGAAACUGUUUCGGCAAUAAUAAAUAGUUGCACUGCAUGUAAAAAAAUGAAAUAUGACAGAAAGCCAAUUAAACCUAUUCUUCAAUUAACCCAGACCCAAGAUGCUCCGUUUCAAGAGAUAUUUAUAGACCUGUUUAAUAUCGAAGGAAAACAUUAUCUGACUCUCAUAGAUGCGUUUAGCAAAUUAGGCCAAGCGAUAGAAAUUGCAAAUAGAUCCACCCCCGAAGUAGUCCGAGCUUUAAUGAAGUACUUUUCUUUUUACGGGAUACCAAAAAAGAUAAGUUCAGAUCCGGGCUCUGAAUUUAACAAUGAAUUAAUUAAAGAAUUCUUAAGCUUUUAUAAAAUUGAGCAACACAUUGGCACCCCAAAUAGCCCAAGCUCGAUGGGGAUUAUAGAACGCUUCCACUCGACAAUCAUAGAAGUUUACAGAUUGGCAAAAUACGAAAGGAAACCUACUGAUGCGGCAUCAGUUAUGACGUAUUCCGUACUAGCAUAUAAUAAUACUAUUCAUUCGGUAACAGAACUUACACCCUUCGAGGUAGUUUUCGGACAUACCGACACGGGUAGCCCGUUUAAUACAGAAUUUGAUAAGCAGUAUUUACAACACUUAGUAAGAGACCAUGCAAAGCGAACAAAAUUCUUAUACAAAUAUUUAGCAGAAAAUAUGGUAGCAAUUAAAGAAAAGAUUAGGAAAAAGAAAGGCGGUGAAGAUGAGAUGGUAUUUCAGUGUGGUAAAACUAUAUUUGCUAAAGAUACAAACAAAAGAAAGAGUAAGGACAAACCGCGCUAUGUUAAGGCUAAGGUAGUAGGCAAGGUCGAAAGAAAUAUAGUGCCGAUACAAAUAGGUGAAAGGAAGACUAAAGCUCCAAUUAAAAAUAUCAAACGCCCUCCACAGGUGGUGCAUACUGAUGAUUGCGAAGCCGAUCCUGGCCCAUCAUCUGCAGUCACUUGA